AUGACGCAAAAUCUUGGAAAUACUAUACAAAAGAGAUCAUUAGAUGAAUCUCUUGAAGAUGAUGUUAAAUCUAAAAAAACUUCUUUAAAUGAUACAAUACAUAACAAGAUAAACGUUGAUGAGGACAUGGGUGAAUUUGAAGAUCCAUACGGAGACGAUUUCGAUGAUAGUGACGAAGAGAUUUUUGAGGCUGGAGACGAAGAUAUCGAUGACGUUGAAGACGAAGAUAAAGUUGGUGAUCUGAUUGAAAAUUCUCAACAGCGUGCAAUGAAAACUAUUAAAGAGGAUGAAGAUACAAAUGAAACCGAAACAGAUACAUCGAAGAAACCUUUAUCUAAUAAGCAACAAAUUUAUCUUCCAGGUAUUUCGCAACCUCUUGGACCUGAUGAGGUUUUAGAACCUGAUUUGUCAACUUAUGAUAUGCUCCACACAGUAAACGUUACUUGGCCUUGCCUUUCCUUUGAUAUUUUAGAAGAUAAUUUGGGGGAUCAAAGAAGAAGUUACCCACAUAGUGCAUAUAUCGUGACUGGAACUCAAGCUCAAAAGGCUCGUGAUAAUGAAAUCACUGUAAUGAAGUUUAGUUCGUUGAAUAAGACUCUUUUAAAGGAUGACGAUGAUAGUGAAGACGAAGAUGAUGAGUAUACUGAUCCUAUUCUAGAAACAAAGUCGCUCCCUACAAUGUCUACAACUAAUAGAAUUCGCGUGACUCCUUUUGCCAAGCAGACCAAUCAGUAUCUUACGGCAUCUAUGGCAGAAAAUGGCGAUGUCUAUGUAUGGGAUAUCACUCCUCAUUUUAAGUCUUUUGAUACCCCUGGCACUAUUGUCACUAAACAAAUGAGCAAGCCUAUUCAUACUAUUACUUCUCAUGGCCAUUCUGAAGGUUAUGCCUUGGAUUGGUCGCCAUUGAUUACCACUGGUUCCCUACUUACUGGUGAUGUUGAUGGUCGUAUAUUUCUCACAAAUCGAACACAAACUGGUUGGACUGAUAAUAAACAACCUUUUUUGGGACAUAACGGAAGCGUGGAAGAAAUUCAAUGGAGUAAGUCAGAGCGUACAGUUUUUGCUUCCGGUGGAAGCGAUGGUUUUAUUCGUGUUUGGGAUAUUAGAAGCAAAUCGCACAAGCCAAUUAUUUCGGUAAAAGCUUCGUCUUCGGAUGUCAAUGUUAUGAGUUGGAGUGGAAUUAAUACGUUUUUGCUUGCUAGUGGGCAUGAUGAUGGUUCCUGGUCUAUGUGGGAUCUUAGAAAUUUUAGCCCUAAGGACACCAAGUCAAACUCUGUUGCAUCCUUCGAUUUUCUUAAACAACCUAUUACAUCUAUUGAGUUUCAUCCUACAGAAGAUUCUAAUAUUGCAGUUGCGAGCGAAGGACAUACGGUUACGUUGUGGGAUCUGGCUGUUGAGGCAGAUGAUGAUGAAAUUAAAAAACAACUUGAAGGAGACAAUAAUGUUUUAGCUAAUAUUCCACCUCAGUUAUUAUUUGUUCAUUACCAGCGUGAUGCAAAGGAAGUCCAUUGGAAUAAGCAAAUUCCUGGAAGCUUGAUAAGCACAGGCAGUGAUGGAUUUUCUAUCUGGAAGUCGAUUAGUGUUUAA